GCCGGACCGCGCCUUGGCCGCGGCGGCUCCCGGGGACGCGGGAGGGCUGUCCCGACCGCGCUCUCUGCCCCCAGCUCAGGGUCUGCUGCCCACCGGGAGACGCUUGUCCACAGAGCCGUGGGGCAGCGCACCGGAGUUGUUAUUUCCCUCCCCGGCCGCUGCGCCGGCGGACAUUCCUCUGCAUUUCUUAAGGGAGAAAGCUCGGCAAAGAAGGCAUAGGAAGAAAGGCAGUCGAGAAGGGGGGAAAAGUUGAUUGACUUGCAGAGAAGUGAAGCUUUCCUGUGGCUCCCACUGGAGACUGCACUGGAGACCUUCAGUCCACGCGAAGCUGCAGGAUGGAGCCCCGGCCCGAGCUCACAGCAGUGCCCCUCGGGGAGAACGGGAGUGUCCACCUGGUGCCCGACACAGCCCUGCUGUCCCCGGGGAGAGACACGGCCAUGUUCAUCAUCCGCUGUGUGAUCCCUUCACUCUACCUGCUCAUCAUCACCGUCGGCUUGCUGGGCAACAUCACCCUCAUGAAGAUCUUCAUUUCCAACUGCGCCAUGAGAAGUGUGCCCAACAUCUUCAUCUCCAGCCUCGCUGCUGGUGAUCUGCUCCUGCUAGUGACCUGUGUGCCUGUGGAUGCCUCCCGGUAUUUCUCUGAAGAGUGGCUCUUUGGGGAAGUGGGCUGCAAGCUCAUCCCUGUCAUCCAGCUGACCUCUGUUGGUGUCUCUGUCUUCACCCUCACCGCCCUCAGUGCUGACAGGUACAAAGCAAUUGUAAAUCCCAUGGACAUCCAGACCUCCAGUGCAGUGCUAUGGACCUGUCUUAAAGCCACUGCCAUCUGGGUAAUCUCCACGCUCCUGGCAGUUCCUGAAGCAGUGUUCUCCCAACUGGCUCACAUCAAUGACACAGAUAACGCCACUUUCACAGCUUGCAUACCAUACCCCUUGACAGAUGACAUGCACCCAAAGAUCCAUUCUGUGCUGCUUUUCCUUGUGUAUUUCCUUGUCCCUCUUGUAAUUAUCAGUAUCUACUACUAUCAUAUUGCAAAGAGUUUAAUAAAAAGUGCGCACAACAUCCCUGGGGAACACAGUGAGCAUUCCAAAAGACAGAUGGAAACUCGGAAGCGUCUGGCAAAAAUUGUUUUAGUUUUUGUUGGCUUCUUCGCUAUCUGCUGGUUUCCUAACCACGUGCUAUACAUGUACAGAUCUUUUCAUUACAAUAAGAUUGAUCCAUCGAUGGGACAUAUGGUUGUUACCUUAGUGGCCCGAGUGCUAAGCUUCUGCAACUCUUGUGUCAACCCAUUUGCACUGUAUUUUCUCAGUGAGAGUUUUAGAAGACAUUUCAACAACCAGCUUCGCUGCAGGAAGAAAGGUCAGAAAGAGAGAUCUGCCAGCUACUUGUGCAACUCCUCUGCCAUUCAAAUGACUUCCCUGAAAAGCAAUUCCAGGAACCCAGUAACUACCAUGACACAACUGAAUGGGCACAACUUGAAACAAGAAAUGUCAUUAUGAUCUAAGGAGUGUGAUUUUUGACUGUGAAACUAAUCCGAACUUUUCUUUUGCAGCUUGUAACUCAGUUUUGGAUUUUGUUCUUAGACAGUCCUCAGAAGAGAGGAUCUGUUAAAUUCUGGACAAUCUGAGGUUAUUUCACACCAUCUGACUCUUAGAAGUGAAGAGUAUGUUUUAUUGUGAAAACAGAACGGACUGACAUCAUAUUGUACUUUAAAGGAGAUGCUGAUAUAUGUUUUCCAUAAAGGAAAGCAGUGUAUCCGAUAUAAUAUUGCUUUAAAAAGUAUAGAUUUUCUGAUCUGAAAAUACGUAUUUUUAACUGAAUAUUGAUCCAGGUUUACAUUUUGCUUUAAUAGAUUUUGCAUGAUUUUAGCUCUGUGGUGUGUGCUAGCUUUGCUGAUUAAGACUGUUAGGCAUUUUGGAUUCAAUUAAACUUUUAAUUUAUUUUUUCUUUAACCAGAUCACAUGUCAGCACAGGUAGUCAAAUAGACACAAUGUCUGGAGUUUAUUGCUGCUACUUAUACAAGGCUGUUCAUAUAAAAGUUUGAAGGGGGAUAGACAAAGCUGAAUCCCCUGUUAUACAGUGGCAGAGAAUCUGACAAAUAAUCAUUCCUAGGCUAGGUGAGACUAUCGUGUCUGAGCUCCAGGGAAAAUGAUCACAGCAUCUUUCUUAGAAGGGGCAGUAACAGCAGACAAAGGCACCUUGUGGAAGUAGUUUUUUAUGGCCAGUUCAUGAGCCAAAUUUAAUUUUAGGUAUGUUUUUAUUUACAAUUACCCCUGCUCCAGCACAGGUCUGUCUCUGUCAUAACACUGUAUCCUGUACUUCUGCAGUGACUUCUCUAAGGUGAAUACUAGAGAGUACACUAGAAAUUUAGUUUGGAUUUUGGAAUUAAUUGCUAGUCUUUUAAUUUCAAAAGCUGAAGUGCUAAUGCAGUGUAUCAGUUCAUUGUUUGCUUUGUCCUUAAUAAUACACUUGCGCUUAUUUAGUUCUGUUUGUAACUCUGUGAACCACCUGAAGUUCAAAAUUUCUUUCUCAAUUCCUCUUUCUUCAAGACUAGUUAUAUCCCUACCCCAAUAUUUAAAGCAGUGAGAAGUUGUAUUGAUGUAAAUUGUAAGUGUUCUAGCUAAUUAUCUGAAAAAAAUAUAAAUUCCCAGUUGUAACCACUCAACAGGGAAAGUAACUGAUAGAAGUUCUUAAUGGAAACUGGCAUGGUCCAGCAGGUGAGACCCAUAGGAGAAUGUAAUGUAGUUAAAGUUGUGUGCAGCAUUCAAAUGAGAGAACUUAUUAAGUUCAGUUUAGACUGGCUCCAUAUGACCUACCCAACCUUGCUGGUUGCAGUUGCCCUCUGGCUUCAGUGGCUCCUUAGAAGACUUUAUACAAUGGAGCUGAUUAGCAUGAACUUGUAAAUCUAUGUAUGGCGGUUUAGAAAGUUGUAAUUUUGUCAUAGUUUAGGGAUGGAUUUCCCCAAUUUAGUGUUCCCACUGAAACACUCCAAAGCAUGUGCCGCUGUCUCACUCCCCACUUCCUUCUCUCCCUCUCCCUGCAGCAGGAUGGAGACAAGAAAUUGAAGGCACAAAAGGUACAUAUCAAGGGUUGAGAUUAUAACAAUCUACUAGAAACAGCAAUGAAAUAAGCAACAAACAGUAGCAACAGAAAUAUUAAUAAGAGAGUGUUAUUAAAAUUAAAUAACAUGAAGUGAAGGAUUCACAUGCAAGCACUCACCAUGCAGAACUUAGCACUACCUGGACCCUCACUUCACCAUCGGCCUGACUGGAAGGAACCCAUCCCUUCCCUGCCCCCUGCUUUGGCAUGAGGUGGUAUAGAGAAACCCUGGGGUCCUGGUCAUGUCCCUCCUGGCUACUGUAGAAAUGAACUCUUUUCUGCCUGGAACCAGGACACAUCCAUAACUGCCUGGCACUGCCUCAUCCUCCUUUUUUUCCAUUUUGCUUCUCUUUCUUAAUGCCUUAGUUUUGUAUGAGCCCACAUGUUCUCCAAACUACUUUUUAAUUUUAUAUCACUAAUUCCUCCUGGAUGCCAGACAAAGUUUUGGAUUCUUCUCUUCUGAUCAGUCUUGAGUCCUUUUCACUCACACAUAUUUUACACCUGCAAAGCACUAAAGCUUAAAGUCUUCCUUUGUCAAUUCUUGAUGCUUAUCACUGACUGUGAUCAAAUCUUCUGUUUAUUUCUGCUGGGGUUUUUGUGGUUCCCUGCUCCUUAUUUUGUUUGACAGUCUUGCUACACUGCAUAGCCUUUUAUGAACUUCUAAAUCCAUUGUGGUUUUUAUUUCCUAAAUGAAUUUUUCUGAUGUGGACAUUACCAGAUGAUACAGGUGCCCUACCGGAAAGACAAUAAUCUUAUUUGUAGCAGAUUUGAUGCUUCUGUUUGAUUCAUGUUCUCCACUCAAUGUCUUAAAUUGCUGUGUGUGGUAAGGACAGCAUGAGCCAGCUUUCUGGCAGAACGGAAAGCUACAGUCUGUUCCUUUUUGUUGUGAGGAGAAGAUGUUCCGGGGCAGAUUAUAACACCUUCUUGUCAGGAAAUCAGCACAGUUUUGCUUCAUUAUUUCCCAGACCUAAUAUUCAAAGUCUGUUUCAAGUAAGUAAACUAAAUUGUAUAUAGCUCCUUGCAAAUUCUUGUAGCAUGGCAUGGGGGCAUUAGUUCAUCUGUCUGGAGCUUUACUAGGCAUGUUGCUAACCCAAUGUGCACCUUUUGGAAGUGUCUGUUGCUGUGCUUCUGUACACACUGUAUAUAAGCUGUAUGUAUAAAGCUAGUUUCACACAACUCUGCUUGCUAACAAUUAAAAUGAUUGUAGAAUGCAUUUUAUGAAGUAUUUUCUUCUAACUGUAGUCAAAGAAACAAAGGAAAUCUGUAAGAUCUUGUCAGCUUUUCAUGUGAUACAUUGAGAUCUAUGCCAACAUAGUUGUUAAAAUGCCAUGUUUUUUUUCUUUUUUUUUUUUUCUGUUAUGAAAAUUUUCUUAUUUUGGAAACAUCAGUUCUUUUCUACCUUCCUCUCCUGAGUUUUGGGAUGGUUUCUUUCAAAAAAUAUUUUUGCAACAAUUGAGAAAACUACCAUCGCUUCUUAGUCUUUGAAAAAUGAGAGAACAGAGUAAUUACUGUUUCCUCACUUAAGACAUUUAUAUUUUGUAGAUUAGAGCUAGUACAACAUUAAGUCUGAUAGCAUCUUCUCACUCCACCUUGUCAGUACUGGAAGUAUUACAUUCUCUGCAGAAUCCUGAAAUGUCAGUAUGGUUGACUUCUCAACUGACCUGAGAUAUCUCAUUUAGCAUUACACUGUGAUGUGAUAAUUAUCUUCAACAAAGCCACUUCACUUACAAUACAGGACAAAUCUUUACAACACACCUGCCCCAUAGAUAUUUUUCUUAACUCAGUCAAGACAGAUUCACAGAAACUAUGGCCCAGGAAUUAGCAGGGAAGAUCAAGAAGUCUUAAACCAUUCUCAAAGGGGGGAAGGGAUAAGACCAGGCUACUAAGGACCAGCUUAGGGGCAGGAGGCUUGUGACCAGGGCAAAACCAUUAGCCCAGCUGAGGUGCACCUACAGCAGUGCACACAGUAUGGGCAGCAAGCACAGGGAGCUGGAAGCCAUUGUACAACAGGAAAGUUAUGUAUUUGCUAUCACAGAAACGUGGUGGGGUGACUCUCACGACUGGAGUGCUGCAAUGGAUACAUAUAAGCCCUUUAGAAGACACAGGCAAAACAGGAGAGGUAGUGAGGUGGAACUGCAUGUGUGUGUGGGCAAAAAUCAGGGGGAAGGUCAGCAGGGUGGACAUCAUGGUGGUGGGAGUCUGUCAUAUUCCACCCAACCAGGACGAUCAGACAGAGGAGGCAUCCUACCAGCAGGUGGCUGAGGUCUCAUGGUUGCCGACCCUUGUAUUCAUGGGUGACUUCAACUUGCCAGAUGCCUUCUGGAAACAUGACAAAGCAAAGAGGAAACAAUCUAGGAAGUUCCUGGAGUGUGUGGAAGACAACUUCCUAACACAACUUGU